AUGUUCGUUUUUGCGCUCGUGUUUUCGGCGAUAUUUGGCAUCACUAUUGGCGUACCAGCAAUAUUACCUGAUCCAGCCGAAAACGAAGUAAUAACCCAUAAUUUUCCAUUCGUGACAAGGUCAGAAUGGGGAGCAAGAACACCUAAACAGACACCAGCGCUGCAAAUUCCCGUACCUUAUGUCGUGAUCCAUCAUUCGUAUUCUCCUCCCGCCUGCUAUGAAGCAGCGCAGUGCGAGAAUGCUAUGCGCAGUAUGCAAGACUUUCAUAUGGACAGCAGAGGAUGGUGGGAUAUAGCAUACAAUUUUGCAGUGGGCAGUGAAGGCGCAGCAUACGAAGGUCGAGGCUGGGAAAUACAAGGAGCACACGCAUUACAUUUUAAUAGUGUUAGCAUCGGAAUAUGCUUGAUAGGUGACUGGACAAAUUCGUUGCCACCGAAGAGGCAAAUCAAAACAGUCAAGUCACUUAUUGCGCAGGGUGUUGAACUUGGAUACAUCAAACCCGAUUACAAAUUAAUAGGACAUAGGCAAGUACGCAACACGAAAUGUCCUGGAGACGCAUUAUACGAAAACGUGAAGACUUGGGAACACUACGCAUCUUUUCCCGCUACACCAAAAGACCUUCUUCAUGUAGAAGAACUGCCCGAAUAUGUUAAAGCAUUUUUGAGAACAAAUACCACUUUACUAGAAGAAUAA